GUCACCACGUCUGCCGCCUGAAUGCAGGUCUCACAGACGGUAACAAUUUAUAUUUCGUCACAAAGUUCGGAUGGCCAGACUUCCCCUACAAUAUGCACACGCACGCUAUCAAGUUUCCUGUGUCUGGCUGGGGCGACGUUGCAUCGGUCGAGUAUGUUGACAUAUCGGCGGUAGAUGCUGGAUUCCAGAGCAUGGGGAUAGAUAUCUUCCAGACGGAUACGCACCUUUACAUCCCAUGCCAGAGUGGGGGCGCAAGUGGGCAAGAUUACACCGGUUUUUCAUCAGACGGAUGGGGCGUCUUUUCGAAUUGCCAUUUGCUCGCCAGGGUGGACAAGACCGAUUGGAGUGCAUCUGGCGUCCAGACGUUAGAUAUUACAUCGCAGUGCGCCCACGCGGAGGGCCAAGAGUACCAGUUCUUGCGAGGCUGGACGGGAGGCUUCGCGACUGGCGGCUACGCAUACGUAACGCAUGCCUUCGCUAAUACACACCCGCCCGCUUACAGCGAAGAUUAUAGGCAGGGCCAGUGGGUAGUCAAAGUUGAUCUGAAUGACUUCCAGACCACGUCAGUUUUGAACGUGAACGACGAUAACCCGCCCGUGAAACAGGUGGGGGGUGACGACAGGGUGACUCUCACCGUUGGCUACACAGACGGGGUCUACGGCUACGUAUUUGGGCACGGCACGCCGUGGGUGAACCGCAUCCGCUACCGCUUCGCCCACAGCCGCCCCGACUUCUGCGCCGACGCCCGUCCCGAGCCCUCUUCCAACACCCGCUACCGCUUCGCCCACAGCCGCCACGACUUCUGCGCCGACGCCGCGCCCGACUGGGGCGAGCACGUCCUCCUGCGCACGCCGUUCGACGAGAGCCUCCCGCCUCGGCUCGAGGUCCGGGCCACCGUGAAGCCAGCGCGUGCGUCGCCCUGCGGCUUGUGGAUAACGGAGGUCAUCGUUGGAGGUGACUUGGUCGGCGGGAGCGAGAUCCGCGUGCACACGUCGACCCAUGGGUCCGUCGAUGACGCGCCCGAUCGCUUUGCCCUGCUCUGGCGGCCGGCCGGUGCCCCCGCGUCGAGGUGGAGGCCUUGGGCCGAGUUCGGUAAAAACGUGGAGGAGGUCUUGUCCAGCAACGUGACAGUCAGGCCGACCUUCCGGGCCUUCCAGGGUGCAGCCGCUGUCAGGAACAGGAGGAUCUUCGAGCUCCUCAUUGGGGCGGCCCCCAUGAUGGACGAUCGCGUUUCCAUCGUCGUUGCGCAGUCGUGUCGCCAUGCGGCUCUUGACGUGCAGGCAACGCGCCUCGGCAGGCUCGGGGUCGCCCGCUUCGGGGGCCUCCUCGGCACCGAGGAGCGCGACCCAGCGGUCCAAGAGCUCUCCUCGGAGUGUCGCGCAUCGUCGUCGGCGUCCAGGUGGAAGAAUGAAACCGCGACCGGAAUGGCGGCGUCGUGGUGA